AUGUCUACGAUUAGCAACUACACACCAGACAGUGGCAAGAAUGUCCCCAAUACAAGGUCGACUGACCAGUACGACAGUCAAUCAAACUCCCCAGUACAUUCCCACAGAUCUCAUCAGCUUUCUCAAGAGGAUCUUCCAGUGAUUGAGCAAGAUCUAACCGACAGCGAAGAAGAGGAUGAGUUUAUUCGAAGGUUUGGAGAUGUCAAUUUCCAGUACAUUAAACCUCCAAAAGAGAGAUUUUGGUUCAUUAGACCACACGCUCUAAACUAUUUCAAGGAUGGAGUAUUGUUUCGCACUAAAGGAGAAAGAGGAAGCUCAAAGACAGAGUUGUUUUUGGAUUUACUUUAUGUUGGAUUGAUUGCUAAUUUGGCUGGCGAAGCCAGCGAGGAGGCCAGUGGAUUAGCAUUGCUAAAGUAUGUUCUUUUCUUUUUGCCGUUGUGGGUGGUUUGGGCAGAUAUAAAAGAUUUCACCAAUUACUAUUAUAACGAAGAUUUGUCACAAAAGGUGUACAUUUUCUGGAUACUUUGUUUGCUUACUUUGUACAUCAACAGCCAUUACGAUAUCACUGAAAGUCAUGCAAAGGCUGCUUUACCUAUUGUCUCCUAUAUUAUAUGCCGGUUGUCAUUGGCCGUGUCGUUGGUUGUCUAUUCCUUCUUCAUCCCCGAACAUCGAACACAACAAAGAAUAUACGCUGCAACUAUUCUUGUGACAUCCAUGUGCUGGCUUUCUGUUAUAUUUGUAUCAACGAGGGUCAAGAUUGCACUAGCAUUUGUUUUCCUCUUUCUAGAGCAAGUGUGCUUUUCAGUGUGUUACCAUCCGUGGACUAAGAAAAUGUUAAAUCUUACAAUGUCAACUGCUUUGAAUAUUGAACACGAGGUAGAGAGAUUUUCAGUCUUUGUUACUAUUGCAAUUGGUGAAUACUUGUAUAAGGUUGUUGCCACAGGAUCCUUAGGAGUUGGGUUUACGGUCAAGUACGUCAGGGGUAUAUUCUUAUUGGCUGAUGCCUAUAUAUUGUUUUGGAUUUACCAGUACGGCGGAACAUCCAACAGGGCUGUUCAUCCAUUAAGAAAUAGCGGGACUACAGCAAUUACGUGGAUAUAUGCGCACGUGCCGUUGAUCGCUGCAUUGGUUUUAUCUGCCGAUGCCGGAGGGGAUUUGUGUGCUAUUGACAACUCGAGCACUAAGAAGCAUCAGCAUCAGCAUCAGCACCUAGAAGCAAGAGCUGAGGGUGGAGUUGAGGAAAAUGAAAAGAAUAUGUAUGCAUUGGCGUUCUUCUACACCGGAGGGAUAGCUGUGGCGUUGGUGAGUAUGUUUGUGUUGGGAAUAGUCGAAAAGAGUCGAGACCCACCUAAUUUUUUCAUACUCCCCCAAAAGCUCCGAGUAUUUUGGAGAUUGCCUAUUGGUAUCAUUAUUGUUAUGAUAACUUUUGCUGAGUUGAACUCAACAUUGCUAAUGGGUAUCGUGACAUUGUUGUUGGGGGUGUUGCUAGUUUUUGAAAGUUUCGUGUCUACUCCAAGACAUUGCUUGCAAAAUAAUCUGUCUGCCAACAACUCAGUUUAG